GUUUCCGGUUUUGUGCGACGGAAGUGACGAAGCACGGCGCGGGAGCGCCGAGCGGAGGUCGUCGUGAUGAACCGAGUCCUGUGUUCGCCCGCUGCGGCCGUCCGUGCUCUGCGCUUCGUGGGCUGGGCUUCGCGGAGCCUGCAUCCGCCCCUCGGUGGCCGGUCUCCUGCCCAGCCAGCGGCCGAAGAGGAGGAGGAGGAGGAAGAGCUCAACCGUCCCUUGCAAUUUGUGUCCAGCAAAGCCAACCCGUCCCGCUGGAGUGUAGAGCACUCCCUGGGGAAAGAAGACCAGCAGCCCUGGUGGAGGGUGCUACCCAUUAGCCUGUCCUUGGUUUUCCUGAUCAUCUGGUGCUACCUGAGGCGGGAGAGUGACUCGGACCGCUGGAUGAAUCGCGUGUCGGGAGAGGCGGUGCAUGAGCCGGACGGCCAUCCCGAGGAGGAGCCCGGAACUCCAGUCGUCUAUGGGGCAAGAACGUAACGGGGUGCCCCCCGGAACAGCGAAAGGAAACGGCAGUCGUUCUUUCGAUUCGGUGUCUCUUGGCGGUUUCUCUCUGUGUCUGGUUCCGAGUGUGACUUCGGCCCUGAAAGAUUCUUACGGUGCUGACAUUCGGCGAUGCAGCACAACGUCAGCAGCUGGAGACCUGCUCUUCGCCUGCCUUCUGUGCCUGUAACUAUGCAGAGUGCUUUUUGGGCCCAUAGAAAAGGUUUCGGCUACAGCGUUCGCUAUUGGAUGCGUGAUGUCUUUGUACACAGCCUAAUCGUGUUUCCAAAGCAGUUCUGGUGACACUGUUACUUUGCAGGUCAUUUGCUUUCUGAGACAUAAUAAUUGCAGAAAUGUCAAACUAUAACCUUCCACGGUCUGUGUAAAUGAUACUUUUGAUGUUAAUUUUAUGUGCUAACCGAAAAUGCUUUUGUUAACAUCCAA